CAUGAUUUGGUACAAGAAAUGGCACACUACAUUGUUAGAAGGGAACACCCCAAGAAUCCUGAAAAACAUAGUAGAGUUUGGAAAGUGGAAGAUGUUUUAAAAAUAUGCUCUAUGGAUGCAAUGAUGAACCUUGACAAGAUUGAAGCUAUAGGUGUUUCGUGUUUUUGGAGUGUUGAAUCACAACGUGCUCUUCAAAUCGCUGCAAACAUGAAGAAACUUCGUUGGAUUGAUUUGAAUCAGAAAUAUGUUUCGAAGAAACUAUUGGUUGUGACUCCACUAUCAUUAGUUAUAAUGCCAGAAAGUUUUCCACCAAGGGACCUUUGCUGUCUAACAUUGAAAAACAUCAAUGCAAAUCAACUUUGGGAUGGUUACAAGUUUCUACCAUACUUGAGAAUGAUCAAACUUGAUAGCCUGGAUAAACUAAUGGAGACACCAGAUUUUGAGGGGCUUCCAAACCUUGAAACAUUCAUGGUUUAUGGAUCUUCACUUUUAAAACAAAUCCAUCCAUCAUUUGGACAUUUGCAAAAGCUUGUUUGUGUGGACAUAAGGAAUUGUGGCAAUCUUAAGAUGGUUCCACCCAUUACCCAGUCAACGAAACUCGAGACCAUUGUACUCUCAUGGUGCACAUUAAUUUUUAAUCUUUCAAACAUCCAACAAAUUAAUUUGGAGAAUAUUGUACCUCGCAACAUGAACCACAUAGGUGUAUGGUUUUCUAGUGGAUGCUUAAGAAAACUGGUUCUCAGCAACUGCAGUCUGACAGAUGGAGACAUCAAUUCGGCUGCUGGUUGGGAAUUACCCAAUUUGCUAGAACUCGAUCUAGAAGGAAAUGGAUUUGUCCGGUUGGAUUUUAGUCUCUUGCUACUUCCUCAGCUCAAACGGCUGAACGUGUCAUGGUGCAAACAACUUGUAGAAUUGUUAGAGUUGCCAUCAAGUAUAGCUGUUGUUAUAGCGGGUUGGUGUUCGUCACUUAAAAGCUUUGGAAAUAUUUCAAACUGUAAAUGGUUGUGGCAAGUCUCAGUUUGGGGGUAUACCAAACUUGGUGCACUUUGUGGUGACAUAUUACUAAACUCCAUGCUCCAGGGAAACGCCAGAGAUUACUUUAUCAGUAUCAACCUUUCGGGCGAUGACAUUUGGAGGAGGGCGUCUGUACUUUGGGUUGUUUGGAUGAAGACUUAUAAUAUGCUGCUUCCACAUGAUUGGUGCAAUCACUUUUCUGGGAUUUUGAUGUUUGUCAAACCCGAGGUGACAUUUGAAGGGUUCCCUGACAUAACCAUCAAGAUGGGUGUACAAGACGUUUGUCAGUCUGAGCUUGAUGAUCAGGAGUAUAAUGAAACACUCGAGACUCAUUAUGAUCAGAUAUUUGUAGGAUAUGUUUCCUUUAGUUCAUUGAGACACACUGGAUGCUUGAAUUCAACAUACAAUACCAUUUCAUUUUCCUUGGACAAUGAGUAUUUGUAUGGAGGUGAGCUUAGGUUUAGGGCUGUACUUGUUCCUAAAGAUGAUCCGAUGCAAACACCAAAAGUCCCAACAGAUUCCUCAGAAUUUUGGGAUGGGGAAUUUGAUUACAGAAAGACAUUUACCAUACAACAUGAUUCAAACUCCUCUAUCAAGAUUUUAUGGAAAUGUCGGCUUUGA